CUUUCGGGCAACAAAACGUGGUUUUGGAGCAACAAAAUAUUUAUUUUGCUCAUUUCGCAAAACUUGGCUCGCGUUCGGCGUAAAACUGUAGUGCGUUCGGUUACCUAUCGGUGCGGGAAUCGUAGUGCGAUAAAGUUUUCCGGAAUCGAUCGAUUACGGUCACGCUACGGACAAUUCAAGUUUUGCCUAUUCGAAAUCGUUUCGAUUGGCUGAAUCGAAUCGUCUGGCAGAGCAGAAAAGUAGUGAGGGUUUUCUUGUUCUUUACGUUAACGUACUCGCUUCGCGUUUUCCUCGGUGCUUCACUAUAGCUAAGCAUCCAGGAACGACUGUGCUGUGCUGUGGGAAAGAAGAACACGAACAGAAGGAACAUUCUCUUUGGAGUAUUAACCUGCAGGAAAGUCGAAAUUGUGAGGUCCUUCCUGUUUUGGUGCUUAAUAAUUUUUCUGUUAUCGUUGAACGGUAUCGUGUAAAUUGUUACGGCAGAACAAAAAAUUCGAUCGGAGUAUUAAGAGAGUGGUUCGUUUUCGUUUUGCUUAUCAAAACGUGAUAGUGAAAAAUUCUGUUCGUUUCGGUGGAAUUUCCUGUGGUCGGCAAGGCGAUUUGAACAGCCACUAGGAUUAUGUCAUCAGGCUUUUAUUGACAGUGAGAUAAAUACUAAGUGCAUAUAAAGAAACAAUAUCGUACGGUUCUCAAACCGCUGGUGAUUUUUGUGUUCUCUUCAGUCCGGCCGGUCAAUUUUAUCAUUUUAUUUCUAUAAUGGCCAGUUCCGGAACGACUGCGAAGAGCCUCCUCCUCUUCUGAGCAGUAAGCACGAAGAGUGAGAGAGAUAGCAAACCGCAAACAGGCCAACAUGGAGCAAAACGGUCGAUAAAGAAGUCGCCCAUCAAGCGCAAAAGAGCAAGCACCAGUUCGUCUUCGUCGUCAUCGCCAUCUGCUGCAUAUAGUUCGAUUUUUUCCACGCACCGGCUCUGGCAGUGAGUUGUGUAGGAAUAACCAAGACAACUACAGCAUUAUUCUUUCUCUUUUUGUUUUGUUUUUAUAAUUCGUACAAAGGCUGCCAGAUCCUGGAAUCUGCAGUAGACCAUCAAAAUUCACAGUGAGAAAACGCACAACGGAAUAUUGUCCUCUGUCUAGCGGUCGGCCUCUCCGUCGUGUUCUAGGUAGGCCUUAGGCCUAACAAUUUCGACGAUCAGGAGACAACAGGGUACUACCAGAAUCGGCAAACCUGUUUAAAAUGGCCUCAAACGUUUCGGAAGAAACGGGUGCCAGUAAUACUAACAACAACAAUAAUACCGCUUCCAGUUCCGGUUCUUCUUACGCAAAUGUCCUGUUAAACAUCAAGGAGCAAACUCAAAAACAACAUCAACAAAAUGAUAAUAACAAGGAAAACAUUGGCAAGGAGAAGCUCGUGAAUCUUUCGCCAGCUGCAACUGGUAGCGCUUCAUCGCAAAAUCUUGGCAAAGAUAGUGGAGGACCUACGGCUGUUGCAGCGAGUGCGAUCGGUGGGGAAGAUCCGGAAGAUGACGGUAGUUUUGUGCCGGUUGUUUCCCACAGCAAACGAGAUCGCCGAUCGAGACAGAAAGCAGCGGCGGUAGCUGCCUCCAAAACGGGAGACCAGUCGGAAAAAUCACAGGCAUCAAAAGUUUCCCGUCGUGCCGGAAAGACUGGAGCCAUCGGAAAAGAAUCCUCCGAAGGCAAUGGUAAUAAUGGUGGUGGUGGUCCUUCCAAAAAGGAGGGUAAGCGAAAAUCCGCCGAUCGCAAAGUGGGCCGUGGACGUGGCGAAUCGGAUCGCGAGGAGAGAAAUUCGGAAAAGGAGCAGGGCGACACGAGUACAUCGACCAAGGUUAGCAGCGAGGAUGGUUCGGAUAAGGAAGUUCCGAAAAAAUUCAUCGAAGCCCCGCUGCCGAAAGUCAAUGCCUGGAAGGUUACCCCAACUGUUGAGCCGAUGCCUAUACCAUCCGGUGACACUCGCCCUUCGAAGUCUGCCACUGAACCGAGCACAACGGCAGCCGCAGUUUUGGGCACUGCAUCAGCUACAGUCGCUCAAAAGCUACCGUCCGCUGUACAGCCUUUACCCGAAAAGCGUGUCCUACAGCCGAAGCAGCAACAAACGAAAGCUCAAACUCAGCCCAAAUUAGCAGCAACCAAACCGGUAACAACUGUCGAAGCAACAAAACAAGCACCGCAAGCUAAAGAAAAGAAGCGACCUAGUCAAAAGCCUAACAAUCUCGUAAGCAGUUCCGAUUGGCCCACACUGGACGGUCCGACAAAGUCGAACGAAACCAAGAAACAACAUGUGGCUGUGACGCAAGCGGUUGAAACAUCGCCUACUACGUCGGCAGCAACACCCGCGCCUGCAGCAGCAUCAACACCAACGUCAUCGUUGACUUCUACAAAUUCUGAGCGAACUUUGGAUUCAACUCCUGCUUCUAUGCCGGAAAUUCCCUCUCCGCCGACACCCAGUGAAUCCGUAACCUCUCAGGCCUCAGUGCCAGCUGCUGAUGCAUCGCUUACUGAUAAAAAUCGUGUCAAACCUCCCGCGUCGACCGCAGCUGUCACUGAGAUAAACGUAACAGCGGUAUCGGCGGCACAGACACAGGCGCACGUUCCUGCCAAACAACAAUCCUCCGAGGAAGACUCUAGUCGUCCCAAAAGUGCAGAUUCUGGUGAUCCUGCCAAUACCGUCAACAAUCGCAGCAAAGGUCCUCGUCCGAAAUGGGUUCCACUGCCAAUCGAUCUGCCAAAGCAGCGAGUCCGUCGUGAACGAACGCCGAGACGGCACCGGUACGAUGAUUACGAUGACGGUGGUUGGCACCAGGAGCGAUCGCACGCGCCUCGUUCCAGUCGUAUCCGUACCGGACGUGGUGGUGGACCACCGCCAUCCUAUCGUGGUGGCCGUGGCGGAAGACUUUCCCGUGGUGGUAUUGUCCGACGAGGAGCAAUGUCGACACGGGGCACUGGUGGGCCACGACAUGGAGACAGAGAUAGUCUCGGUCAACCGUUAGCGAACGGUGGUGAUUUCGUUAAGGAUUUCAACGGUGUUGGACGGGCCAUUGGAAAAGAUCAAACGGCAUUCAUGAUGCCUUACCUCAGCACGUUCUACUACAACGGAGCGCCACUGAUCGGUAUGGAUCAGAUGAGCAUUAAAGAGUGUAUCAUGAAACAAAUUGAAUACUACUUUAGUGAGGAGAAUCUGAAUCGUGACUUUUAUCUGCGACGCAAAAUGGACCCGGAAGGGUUCCUCCCGGUUACGUUGAUUGCAUCUUUCCACCGCGUACAGGCACUGACACUGGACUUGAACAUCAUCAUCACGGCCAUCCAGGAGUCUGACAAGUUGGAACUAGUCGAUGAUUAUAAGGUUCGCACCAUAUUCGAACCAACAAAAUGGCCUAUAGAUCCGGCGGAUAUGGGCACCAAUCAUUACGUAUCGAACGGAUCAUCGGCUUCUGCCUCGGCUAAAGCUCAGACUGAAAACAUAAGACCGGUGGGUCCGCUAGCUUCCAAGAUUCUUUCAAGUAUUCCACCUCCACCUAUGCCGCGGAACAUUCGAACCUCAAUAGCACAACCACCCGCCAUCUUCAAUAAGGUUCCUUCGGUAGCCGCUCUGGUAAACGAUAAUCCAUCAGUUUCACCCUUAUCCAAAACACCGACAACAUCGGAGUCGGAAAAUUUAAACCCAAACGUGCCGGAGUUCAUUCCCACGAUGGCACUUCGCAAACUGUCCGCAGGUAACGCAACAGCAGCGGCCGCUGCUCAACCCAACCAGCAACAGCCGUCGGACGAAAAAGAAAACAUUGCUCAGGAUGCACAGCUUCCAAAAAACGAGCUGGGGAAAUCUAACUCUGGUGACAACGGUAAGCUUCCCAACGCGGAAGCUCCCGCUGUGACCGACGAAGCCGAAUUGUGGAAGGAGGUAAAACGUCGAUCUCGGUCGGCUCAGCCGCACCAAGCUAAACGUCAGCAGCAACAGCAGCAGCCAGGAGAACAGAAACAGCAGCAGCAGCAACAACAACAGCAACAGCAACAACGACGACAAGUUCAAAAGAAAGACGUUCCGCUAAAAGCUGCUCAGCCUCAGGCGACACUUCCGCAAAAUUCGGCCAUAAAAGCAGCAACAACCUCUGCCACACGGCCAGCCCAGCAUGAUGAAGAACGGGAGGAGUUAGAUUUCCAAUUUGACGAAGAACUAGACAUCCCACGAGGUGUUGGUCGUGUGAAUCAUUUUACGGACAACUGGUCCGACGAUGACGAUGAGUCCGACUACGAGCUCUCGGAUCACGAAAUCAACAAGCUGCUCAUUGUGACACAGGUUGGUCGAGCACCGAAGCACGAAGGUUACGAUAGGACGGGUGAUUUCACUACGCGUACCAAAAUCACUCAGGACCUGGAACAGAUCAUUAACGACGGACUGCACAACUACGAGGAGGACCUGCUGACAAUCAAUUGCCGACGUGGGGGAAGCAACUACAAAACCAUCAACCUGAUCUCGCAGGAAGAAUUUGACAAAAUUAUUCCCAAGCCACCGAGGGUAUGUCAGGAAGUUCCACCUCCCCCGCCGCCGACUUUCGUCGAGACAGACGAUAUGCUCAAUGCAAGUACGGCCAGUGCGGCCCAUCGACACAAAGCCCGUUUCUUUGCCGUUAACAAAGAUGAAUUCGUUGAUCCGAUUACUCCGCGCAAACGUAAGACGAGACAUUUGAAUAACCCGCCGGUCGAAAGUCACGUCGGUUGGGUGAUGGAUGCUGUCGAACAUCGGCCUCGUACUACCAGCAUGGGCAGCUCCGCCGGAACUUCGCCUACGGCUUCCAGCUAUGGUUCACUGCCCCAGAGCUUGCCAACGUUCCAACAUCCGUCACAUUCACUACUGAAGGAGAACGGUUUCACUCAGCAGGUUUACCACAAGUAUCACAGCCGUUGCCUAAAGGAACGCAAACGGAUGGGAUCCGGGCAGUCACAGGAAAUGAACACUCUAUUCCGGUUCUGGUCAUUCUUCCUGCGGGAGAAUUUCAACAAAACGAUGUACACGGAAUUCCGUCAGGUUGCCCUUGAAGAUGCGGUCGAAGGAUUCCGCUAUGGGUUGGAGUGUUUGUUCCGUUUCUACUCGUAUGGUUUGGAGAAAAAGUUCAGACCACAGCUGUACGAUGAUUUCCAGCAGGAAACGAUUCGUGAUUAUGAAAAUGGCCAACUCUACGGAUUGGAAAAGUUUUGGGCUUUCCUGAAGUACUACAAGAACGCAUCGAAGUUAGCCGUUGAUCCGAAGCUGAAGGAAUAUUUGGAUAAGUUCAAAUCGAUCGAAGACUUCCGCGUGCUGGAACCGCAGAUCAACGAAAUGCUCGAGGGGGUUGGAAAUCUAAAAUCGUCACCGUCGAAGCGACGACCGCGCAGCGUGUCGGAAAGUGAAGGUGUCACAGUGGUAGCCGGACCAAGCAACGUCAAGCGAGCACAUCAUGCAGUGAGCGGCGCAGCCGGUUCCAGCUCGGGUUCCUCCGGGUACUCCGGUGGCUACAACCAGCCACAGUACCAUCGAAAAAGGUGUGAUUCGGCUGGCAAUCGGUUCGUGGAUGUAACGAAUCGUCCCGGUCCAUCGGGUACCUCGAAUUCGCGUGCUCGAACCGGUUCGAUGGGGGAGGGUGCAGCCAAGCAGCAUACUACCGCCGGUGGUCGUCCGCGAAGCGGUUCGACCGGCAACAAGGUGGUGCGUGCGUCUAACGAACGUUUUUCAUUUAAUCGAGCGGGAACGGCGGCUGCAAGCGGGGCUGGGUCAUCCAGCGGACCGUCAUCAACGUUGUCGUCUUCGUCGUCGAGUAAACAACAACAGUCCCAACAACAAAAGGGACAACACAGCAGCAGCAGUAGUAGCAGCACGAAAGCGAACGAAAGCGGUGCUAAUACUGCUGCAGUAACAGGCACUUUGUCGGUGGUGCCAAAAACAUCGACAGAAGCGUCACCGUCGAGCGGCGCAAAGCCUUUGUAAACGGCGCUUUUUGCGAGGGACAAUCCUGCGGCAGAUGGGAUAGAAGAAACCCAAAAACUGUGAACUAACUAUGUGUUGCUUGUGUACACAUUCACACAAAUGUCCUUACACAAAAUCGUCGGCAUAUCGCGCAUUUUUUCGGUCUUAUAUCAUUGAUGAUACGUAAUUAUUCGUUUUUUACUGUGUAGAAAAUUUUGAUAUCUUCUUGAUUUGUUUCUAACAGCAGGGUGUACCAAUAUUUCGAUAUUUUCUGAAUCUGAAAAUAUAACAUAAAUGUUUUCACCGGCAAAUACGGUUGGUAUUACCGGAUGAAGAAAGGAUGAGCUUUUCUCGGGUCAAUGGUUGAAGAGAGAAGUAGAUUAAUGCAGAACACAUAGACACACACACAUGCAAACACGCCAAGACACACUGCGAUCGUAAAAUUAUGAAGAAGAAAAUGCUUACUGCCAUCCGAUGUUCUCUUGUUAGCUUUUAGAGAACGGCGCCGACCAGAAAUAAUGCAAAAUGCAAUCGAAGCAGUGCAGGACAAAAAUGGAUUGUCGCAUCGUUUAAGCUCUUCUGCUCUUUGUUUGAAUGUGCUUUUCUGUUUGCUUCAAAUUUUCCUUUUUAAUCGUACAUUCUAUCAUGGAUUAACUAUUACAAGUUAGAAAUGAAAUAAAAUCUACUUCCUGUGCACACACAUAUACACAUACACUUACAAACAGCCACGCCUAUAUAUUCUAAUCGACAUCAGUAGGAGGGGAAAGUUGACAGUCAAAAAUUUACCGAAUGGAUUAAGCUAUUGAGUGAUAUACGUACAGACGAACGGGGAAAAUGGUGGGUCCUCUGCGAAGGGGAGGACGUUCUACUAGAAGUCUCGGUCUCUGAUGGUGAUCGCAUAUAACCUAUUUAUGCUAUAAUAAUAGAAAUUUUACUGACAGGUAAUUGCAUACCAAAAAAACGAUAAGAAAAAUCAAGUAAGUCAGAUUAGCUUGAUCCACAUGCUAGCUUUUUUCGGGACGGAUAUUCUGAUCUUUUUCCUUCUUCUGAUGGGUGGUGUAAUCGCCUUAAGUUGCAGAGAGUUGUUUGUUGAUUACUAUAAUUAAUAAUAUUUAGGUGAGAAGAGAGUUUAUCGGAUAAAGAAAAACUGAAUUAUGUACUAAGAGCAUUACCGAGUUUCUUUUUCAUUUUCUGUUUGCGCCAACUGAAUGGUUUUUUUUCUCUUCGUUCGAGUUCGAUCACGACAAAUAGAACUCUUUCUUUCACUAGACUAUUCGUUUUCAUCAUCCGUAAGUUAACUAAUUUUUAAUGAUUUGUUUUUUUUUCGACUGGGUCUAUUAUAGAAAUGCAUGGAAAGAAAAAAAAAGAAUAAAACCGGAGGCAGGAUUAAACCAUGCUCCCGAAUAUCGCAGUGAACGAAACGAAAAAAGGGAAAACUGUGAGAAAAAAAUAUAAGUAUAAUUGAUUUGAAAAAAAAAAGCGAAAAAAAGUUAAAAAAUAUUUAAAAGGCACAUAAAAAUCUAUAGUCAUACUGUAAUAAAAAUUGUGAAUUAAAGGAAACUUAUAAAAUGUAAAUAAUAAAACUACUUAUAUAUUCAGUAAUGUUUAAAAUAAUUUAAUAAAUUAAGGAU